GAGAAAAAAAAAAAAAGAAAACAAAUCCUUACCAAACUAGCCAAAAAUAUAUUGUUUUCAAAUAUACUCUCGGACAAAAAUCAGUGACCAUUUUAUAAACGAAGCGAGACUGGUGGGCAUUAGGCUUGGUCUCCUGAAAGGCCAUGAGAGGGCUUCCUUCGGCUUUCAGGGCAACGCCUGUUCUAAGAAAUCGACCUCUACAAGCUUACACUCCCACCAACAGAUAUCGGAGACAAAUCCCUUCCGAUACAAUCCAACGAACUUCAAAACAAAGACCCUUUAACAACACUGAAGCGCCUUCAAGAGGUAAUCCUUCCCCACUAACUACUCCGUUAAAGGCUCCCAGUUUGAUUAACCUGCCCACUCGUUCAUCUCUUGCUGAUGAUAAACGUAGAUUGAGUCUUAAACCAAUUGAUCAUUCAUAUCUUUCUAGGAUUCUAUUGAGCAAGGACUGGUUUCUAUUGUUAAACCACGAGUAUAAGGCGAAAAGGGUCGUUUUGGUUCCUCAAUUUGUUGUUAGUAUUUUGCAAAAUCAGGACAACCCAUUAAAUGCUGUUAGGUUUUAUAUUUGGGUUUCGAAUGUCGACCCGUUACUUGCAAAGAAACAAUCGAUUCGAGAGGUUCUUGGCCGCAACCUUUAUCGAGAAGGUCCUGAUCGUCCGGUGCUAUUAUCUGUUGAUCUGCUUCAGCAAAUUAAAGAGUCUGGUCUUAAAGUGACAGAGGAAUUACUCUGUAUUUUAUUUGGCAGUUGGGGUAGAUUGGGUUUGUCAAAAUACUGUGUGGAAAUAUUUGGGCAAAUUGGGUUUUUGGGUCUUAAUCCCACCACCAGACUGUACAAUGCUGUAAUUGAUGCAUUGAUCAAGUCCAAUUCGCUAGACUUGGCUUAUUUGAAAUUUCAACAAAUGUCAUCCCAUAACUGUGUCCCUGAUAGGUUCACUUAUAACAUUCUCAUCCAUGGUGUUUGUAGGAUCGGGGUGGUGGAUGAGGCGCUUCGUUUGAUCAAACAAAUGGAGGGCUUGGGAUAUUUUCCGAAUGUUUUCACAUAUACAAUCUUGAUUGAUGGAUUUUGCAAUGCUAAAAGGGCUGAUGAAGCCUUCAGAGUUUUACAGACAAUGAAGGAGAAGAAUGUGGUUCCAAAUGCAGCUUCUAUGAGAUCCUUGGUUCAUGGAGUUUUUCGUUGUAUUGCCCCAGAUAAGGCUUUUGAACUUUUGCUGGAAUUUGUUGAGAAGAAGCAGGGCGUAUCUCAAUUGGUUUGUGACAAUAUUCUUUACUGCCUUUCAAAUAAUUCUAUGGCCAGUGAGGCUGUCAUGUUUUUGAGUAAAACUGGCAAGAAAGGUUAUGUACCGGACAGUUCAACCUUCAAUGUCACCUUGGCAUGCGUACUAAAGAAACUAGACCUGAAGGAAACAUGCAAUAUAUUUGAUAAUUGUGUGCAAAGAGGUGUCAAGCCAGCGUUCAGUACAUAUCUUACACUUAUUGAAGCUCUGUAUAAGGCAGGAAUAAUUGAGAUUGGAAACCAAUAUAUGGAUCGGAUGGUAAACGAUGGUCUUAUUUCCAACAUAUAUUCAUAUAACAUGGUCAUUGAUUGCCUUUGCAAAGGCAAAUUAAUGGAUAGAGCAUCUGAAAUCUUCAGGGAUCUACACUAUAAAGGCAUUGCUCCAAAUAUUGUUACUUAUAAUACACUUAUCAGUGGGUAUUGCAGAAAUGGAAAUAUGGACAAAGCUCAGGAACUUCUUGAAAUGCUAUUAGAAUGUCAUUUUAGACCAGAUAUCUUCACAUUUAAUUCAUUAAUUGAUGGCCUCUGUCAGGCACACAAGCAUGAGGAUGCUUUUGGUUGUUUCACUGAAAUGGUUGAGUGGGAUGUCAUGCCAAAUGCUAUCACAUAUAAUAUAUUGAUACGUUCCUUCUGUGCGAUUGGAGAUGUUUCUAGAUCUACUAAUCUCUUGAGACAAAUGCAACUUCAUGGUAUACAACCUGAUACUUUCUCCUUCAAUGCUCUUAUCCAGAGCUACUUUCGAAUGAACAAGGUUCAGAAAGCUGAGAAGCUUUUUGAUUCAUUGUUAAGGUUGGGUAUACAGCCUGACAAUUAUACAUAUGGUGCACUUAUUAAGGCAUUGUGCAAAUCAGGUAGGCAUGAUGAAGCAAGGGAGAUGUUUCUCUCAAUGAAGGCGAAUGGUUGCACUCCUGACUCUUAUACUUGCAGUCUUAUUAGCGACACUCUUGCCCAUAUUUAGAUCUUUAUUAGGAUGCUGAGGAUAUUGUGAAGAUUUAAGAAAAUAUGACGACAAGAACAUUUUAUAAACAACUUGGAAAUUGGGAAUUGGCCGUUUAUUGGAACUGAUCUCAUGAUGUUUCCCAUUUUUGAGCACUGUCAAAAUGAGUGCCCCUUGUUUGAAGAGAGGAGGGCAAGUGUUUCACAUUGCAUUUGAUGUUUAGGAGUCUGGUAAGUUCUGACUCCAAAUGUUUUUUGGUCAAAUAACAGUGUUGCUGAACAGCCUGAACUAAUCAAGGUGCAUAAGCAAGCUUGAAUAGAAUACCCACAGUUAUUAAAAAGAACAUCACGCUGUUCUCCUAAAUCUUGAUGCUUGGCAGUUGGGACUAGGAGCAGUUGCCUGCUAAAAUUUAAGCUGCUAUCGUUAUCUUCGUUUGUAAGCACACGUAGGUGUGUAAUAAGGCAUAAACACUUCCAUUUGGGCUCCUCUUAUUCUCUAACAGUGUAGUUGAAACUCCAAAAGUCGUUACCUGAGGGGACAAACCUUACUACUCCCCCUGGAUCAUCCUGCUGGCAUUAUAUGAGGGUUUAGAAUUCAGCAGCUUAUUGAUGCUGUAGUCUUGCAUUUUCAUAUACUGUGGGUAAAACAGAAAGCUCCACAUCAUGGUACAACUGUCAUUCAUGUGACCUUAAUACAACGUAUCAAAUUUUCAAUAAGAGGAAAAUACUUUAUUGGUUGCCUGUUUCCAAUGGGAAAAGGGGAUCAGGUGUUAUCUUUCAAUCUUUGCAAAGAAGAGUCCAAGUUUGAAGAACUUUUACUCUGAUUUCUCCGUAACUAUUAACCUAGGCUUGAUUUGAGGACUUGACGCUCCUUUGCAGAUUACGAAUCAUGUUUUUGACUUAUUAUGUAAGACACUGGGGACAUCCUUACCUCUUUUAUGACCAAUAGAAAUGAAACAAAAUUCCAAGAAAUCUUGAUGUCGUUAUUCUCUUGUGCUAUUCCAUUUUCCCUUUUUCUGGUUAUCAUGUCAGAAUGAUGAAUGCUAUAGAAAGGACUUGACAUGGGUGUUUCUAUCGGAUUUUGAAGGGGAAUUUGGUCUGUUGGUUUCACAUCUAGCUCUUAUGAUUGAGAUAUCAUAUCAGUGUUAAAGCUGGCUUAUAUCUGCAAUUACCUCUCUCUUUGCAGAUAGGUAGCUUGCAGAGGAUUAUAAUUUUCUUCCUUUAAUUGGCGUUUGAUUGUAGUUGACACUUCUGACAGGUUAGGUGGAUAAAGUUGUAUGUGCAAUGGACGCCUCAGGUGUUGACUUUGUUGAAACAUUCUCCAACUUUUGCUGCGUUUGGAUCUUGUGAAGAUGCUGUCCUUGUGAUAGAGGGUAUAGUUAUUCGUUGAGAUGAAGAUGAAUUAGAUGGCUCGAGCGAGCAGUUGGUUUGUUUCGCUCGAAUCCUAAUGUCUCUAUGAGACAGCAAAAAGCCUUGACAUUAUGAGUCGAUCAGAUUACUUGUCAGCCAAGUUUACUUCGAUGUUGUCAGCUUUAUUCGGUUAUUAAGAAACAAAAAGAAGACUCCAAUACUUUAUUCGGCUAUGAUUCUUCUUACAGUCGAGAUCUUAAAGCUUAUGACUUCGGAAACUUUACAUGACCACCGUAGAUACAAAUCUAAUCUAGUAAGAAGAUUUGAACAAAAAUUCACACGCUAUUUGAUUUCUCCUACUUAUAUGAAUGACUAUUUUGUAUUGCUUUUACAUAUAACAUUGUUCUGAUCUUUCCUUGGAGAUUGAUUUACUACUCAACUAGUGAUUGAAGCAAUCUUAUUGUUCUCUUAA